AUGGCCCACGAGCACCCGCUGGCGCUGUCACUGCCGCCGCCCGCCAAAGGCAAGGAGGAGGCCUCGCCGUGGGCGACGCCGACGGCGGAGGCCGAGAGAGCGCGCCGCCGCCACAUGUCCAGGCUCUACGCCGAGCUGGGUGCGCAGCUCCCCGGCAUGCCCCCUCGGGCGAGCAUGGCGCGGAUCCUGGAGGACGCGAUCGCCUACGUGGGGGUGCUGCGGGCCACGGUCGCGGGGCUGGAGGCGCGCGCUGCGUUCGCGAGAGCAGCGCGGACGGCCGCGCCCACCGGCGCCGGCGCCGGCGCGGCCGAGGUGCUCGUGGCCGGGAAGGCGUCGUGCUUCGCCGUCCGCCUGCCGGAAGCGCGGCGCCAGGGCGUGCUGACGCGCGUGCUGGAGGUGUUCCGACGACACGGUGUGCCCGUCCUCGCGGCCACGGUCACCAGCGACGGCGGCGAGGCCGCUGUCACGGUCACCACGGCGCCUGUGCCGCCGAGAUUCCUCCAGGGGAUUCAACAAGAUAUCAGAAGCAGCAUCGCGUGA